UUUUGUACCAGGUCUUUGGCCCUUACAUUCAUAGCGCAUUCAAGUCUACCUAAUCUGUUUGAGGUAUAUAUAUUGCUACCUGACUUUAAGGGUUUCGUAUGCAAGUGUGUGCAUGCGUAUCUUUGGGACAGACUACUUGGUGUGCAUGAGCCUGAUCGAGGAGUGCACGCGUGUCCACCAAACAGGUGAUCCUUGUUUAACGUCGAUCCGACGUUGGACUUUAUCUAAAUACUCAGUUCUAGGAGAAUGAUUGCAAACCACGGAAAGCUAAAUCUCUGUUUACCUUCAUGAGCACGUUUGAAGACAGUAUAGUGGACAAGCAGCAUUAUUUACUUUGGGUAGCUGUGAAGCCUAAUUCGUCAUCCAAGUGCUCCGCUGUGGCAUCCUGGAACGGACUUCCCAAUUCUGUUUUCUUAAAUAGUGCGCUCUUGUCUCCUGUGAUUUUUUUCUAAAUAAAUUAGAACAGCAUUUGGUUUGUGGUUUAAAUGUACGGGAUCCAGGAGCAUCUGAUAAGAGACGUCAGCGGAUUAAAAGAAAGAACUCUGGGAGAGGAGAUGGAUCCGGUGCGGUCCUGGGUGCGUAAUGUCGGUGUUGUGGAUGCUAAUGUAGCAGCGCAAAGUGGUGUAGCUCUCUCCAGGGCCCACUUUGAGAAGCAGCCCCCCUCUAACCUGCGAAAGUCCAACUUCUUCCACUUUGUCCUGGCACUCUAUGACAGACAUGGACAGCCUGUAGAGGUGGAGAGGACCGCAUUUGUGGACUUUGUGGAGCAUGACAAGGAGCAGACGGGAGAAAAGACCAACAAUGGGACACACUACAAGCUACAGCUCCUUUACAGCAAUGGGGUUCGUACUGAACAGGAUCUUUAUGCACGGCUUAUUGACUCCGUCACUAAACAGCCUAUAUCGUAUGAGGGACAGAAUAAGAAUCCGGAAAUGUGCCGGGUUCUGCUUACUCAUGAGGUUAUGUGCAGUCGCUGUUGUGAGAAGAAAAGCUGUGGAAACCGGAACGAGACGCCUUCAGACCCCGUCAUCAUCGACAGGUUCUUCUUGAAGUUUUUCCUGAAGUGUAACCAAAAUUGUCUGAAGACAGCAGGGAACCCAAGGGACAUGAGGAGAUUUCAGGUAGUCCUGUCCAGCACUGUGAGUGUAGACGGCCAUGUGCUAGCUGUGUCAGACAACAUGUUUGUCCACAACAACUCCAAACACGGCCGGAGGGCUCGCAGGUUGGAGCCAGGAGAGUCCCUGGAGAACGGCAUGGAGUACGCGACUCCCUGUAUUAAAGCCAUUAGCCCCAGUGAGGGCUGGACCACAGGUGGGGCCAUGGUCAUCGUGAUCGGCGAGAACUUCUUUGAUGGGCUGCAGGUGGUGUUCGGGAGCAUGCUGGUAUGGAGCGAGUUGAUCACACCCCAUGCCAUCCGUGUCCAGACACCCCCUCGCCACAUCCCAGGGGUCGUUGAGGUCACGCUGUCCUACAAAUCGAAACAGUUCUGCAAGGGGGCGCCUGGGCGCUUCAUCUACACAGCGUUAAAUGAGCCCACUAUAGACUACGGUUUCCAGAGGCUUCAAAAGGUUAUUCCCAGACACCCCGGUGACCCGGACAAACUGGCCAAAGAGAUGCUACUGAAGAGAGCCGCCGAUCUGGUAGAGGCCUUGUACGGAAACCCUCACAGCAACCAGGACAUGUUGCUGAAGCGAGCAGCAGACAUUGCUGAGGCCCUGUACAGCGUUCCCCGUCCCCACAGCCAGCUGCAGGCCCUGCCCAGCUCCCCAGCCCACGGCAGUGUCAUGGGCCUGGGUUCAUACCCCUCCCAGCUGGGGGUCAGCAUCGGGGAACCAGGACAAAGCAGCCAGGGUUACAUCCGUAACUCCAGCAGUUUGUCCCCGCGGGGAUACCCCUCUGCCUCCACACCUCAACAGUCGGGCUAUGGGGGCGGCGGAGGGAUGAGUGGGGGCUACGGGGCAGUGCCCAUGACUAGCCUGGGGGUACCAGGGUCUCCAGGAUUCAGCAGUGCCUCCCCUGCUGGCUCUCCCUAUGGCAUAAUGCCAUCUAGUCCCACCAUCCCGGGUUCCAGCUCCUCCUCGUCCCUCCUGCCAUUCUCCUCCUUUCCAUCCUCAGCCAAACAGAAGAGCGCCUUUGCCCCCGUCCUUAGGCCCCAGGGUUCCCCCUCUCCAGCCUGUCCGGCAUCAGGAGGCAACAGUUUCAGAGAUUAUUACUAUUCUCUUUCCCUAUAGCGAUGAGUGGCCUGGUCGUUCCCCCUAUGUAGCAGCACUCCCCCAACUCCCCAUCCAUCACCUACAAAACCAAACCAGACCACUGCUUCAACUCUGCUACCCCCUCUGCAGGCGCUGACGGGCAGGGAUGGUGGCGGAACACACACUGAUUUCGUGACCAGCCACAGCUAUCCUCACUGACGCCCUGCCACUCGUUGAGUCCAUGUCUGACCCAUCUGGAUCAAAGGGAAGGGGGAUAGAGUGAGUCCAGAGGCCAGCCGGUCCCAGGCGCGGAAAGAAGACGUCUUCGUCUGAAGUAGCAGCAAAGACAUGAGACUACUCCAAAACACAGUAGAAC